AUGGCUUAUAACAUAAUAUUAGGAAGGCUAUGGAUCCAUGACAUGGGCGUAGUGCCAUCAAUAUUACAUCAGGUUAUCAAAUUUCCAUCACAAUGGAGAAUUCAUCAAAUUAGGAGAGAUCAGCAGACGGCACGAAAAACCAGCACAGAUAUAGAUUUGAUGCCCGAUGUGAUCCACGAAUCGGAGGAGAACGCGACGAUUAAAAUGACUACAGAAAAAGUCGAAGCUGUUGUAUUAUUCGAUCACUGGCCCGACAGAAAAGUCUAUGUUGGGACAAACUUAAGCCCAGAAUUGAAAGGUAUCCCACUGAAGGUAAUGACUCAUAAGUUAAAUAGAGAUCCAUUACAUCCCCCGAUGAAGAAAAAGAAGCAAAAGCAAGGAGCAUUCAAAAAUAAGGUAAUUCAAGAGGAUGUGCAAAACCUUCUGAAAAUUGGUUCAAUUAGAGAGAAUAUUGAAGCUGCGUACCAGAGGUUGGUGACCAAGAUAUUCCAAGAAAAUUUGGGGAAGACCACGAAAGUCAACAUCGAUGACAUGCUUGUGAGAUCGGCACAAGCAGAAGAUCAUCUCAGGCAUUUUAAUGAAACUUUUGAUAUACUCCGCAAGUAUAAUAUGAAGUUGAACCCGGAGAAAUGCGUCUUCAGUGUGGCCUCAGGUAAAUUUUUAGGUUUUCUUAUCUCUAAUAGGGGAAUCAAAGUAAAUCCGACUCAGAUUAAAGCAAUCAAAGAAAUAGCAGAUGUGCUCACGGGUAAAAAAGAAGUACACAGGUUAACAGAAAGAGUGGCAGCUCUGGGAAGAUUCAUAUUCAAAUCCUCAGAGAAGUAUUUUAAAUUUUUCUUGUUAUUGUAA